AUGGACAAAGCGCCUCAGCAAGAUAGCAAGGAUGGGAAGGGGUCGAUCCUUGAUUGGGUCAAACCUGGUGACAAGAGUGGCGAGUUUAAACGCCAAACGUCCGUCUUCAGGAAUUGGAUUCAGAACAAACCCGGUGCUGAGUUUCCGCCCGAGAAAGGCCGAUACCAUCUCUACGUUUCCUACGCUUGUCCAUGGGCCCACCGCACACUCAUCGUCCGUCAUCUAAAGGGCCUCGAGGAUAUCAUCUCCUAUAACAGUGUACACUGGCACAUGGCGGAGAAAGGCUGGCGAUUCGCAACCCCCGAUGAGCAGGUUUCAGGCAACACAACACCAGACCCACUCCACAAUGAAUACACGCAUCUACGUGACAUCUACUUUGAGCAGAACCCAGACUAUGAGGGUCGGUUCACUGUACCAACGCUCUACGAUAAGAAAGCCAAGAAGAUUGUCAGCAACGAGAGCGCCGAGAUUAUCAGGAUGCUGUACACCGAGUUUGACGACAUCAUCGAGGAGAAGUACAAGAAGGUGGAUUUGUUUCCCAAAGAUCUCCAGAAGGAUAUCGAGGCUAUGAACGACUGGGUAUACAACGAUGUAAACAAUGGUGUUUACAAGUCAGGGUUCGCUACCACAGAAGAGGCCUACACAAAAGCUGUGACACAGCUUUUCAAGUCUCUCGAUCGCCUGGAAGAGUCAUUGUCCAAGUCUUCAACACCAUACCUUCUUUCAAGCCCACAUGUGACUGAGGCUGAUAUCCGUCUCUUCACAACUAUCAUUCGCUUCGAUCCCGUCUAUGUCCAGCACUUUAAGUGCAACAUUCGCGAUAUUAGAUCAGGAUACCCUCUCCUACAUCAGUGGAUGCGUCAUUUGUACUGGGACUACCCCGCUUUCAAAGAGACCACGGACUUUGAACACAUCAAGAAGCACUAUACCAAGAGUCAUGGUCAGAUCAACAAAUUCCAGAUUACGCCCAUUGGCCCUGUGCCAGAUAUUCUGGAGAAAGAGGAUGAAGUGCCUAGCGUGAAGGCCGUAAUGAAUAAAUAG